CGUCCAGUAUUGAUACAUCAGCUUACGCAGAAAGCGGCUGUGUCGCACGGGUUUUACCAGCAGAUUUUGUUUUAAAAAUAUAAUUAAGCCUCGCGCUUUGUUUUGUUGUUUGCUGCUGCUGAACAACAAGCUGUAAACGUGACUCGAAUAAAAGCUCUUCGUGCAGUACUUGUCAACGCAAUAGCAGCUAAAGCUAAAGCUUCGUUUCGUGCAUUCGCCCCUCAUUUUUUUUUUUACUAUCUUCAUUUUGUGCUGUCUUUCGUGCGCGCAUUUCCAUGGAAAACGUUAAUUUUUGUUUAAUUUAUGCGAAAUUACACAAAGCUAAUGUGAGGAAUAUGUAACAAAAUAAACGCUGGCACGCACACAACCAACAGCAGCAACAACAACUAUCAAAAACAAGGGCCAGACAGGAAGUUUCGCAAAGUGCAGCAGCCGACAACAACAACAACAACACAAACGACGACGACAACAACGGAAGCGUCAACGCUUCGCUGAGCCAUUGCCUGUGACUUUAUUCGGCCAGCGGCUGCAGCUGUUCCCAAAAACCAAAACCGCUCGCCAGAAGCUCUCACUCGGCUGACACAAUAAUGGGUUCACCUGCGGGUGGCGAUGGCAGCGCCAGCGAGACAGCCUGGCUGGAGGAUUUGCUGCGUGAGGUGCAGCUGGAACAGUUCCUGGAGCGCAUACGCGAUGAUCUGCAGGUGACGCGCUUGGCGCACUUCGACUACGUGCUGCCCGAUGAUCUGGAGCGCUGUGGCCUGGGCAAGCCGGCCAUAAGACGUCUGAUGGAGGCGGUGCGCAAGAAGAAGGCGCAUCAGUGGCGCAAGAAUAUACUCUCCAAGCUGAUUGGCGGCGGCAAGCAGCCCUCGUCCAAGAAGCAGCAGCAACAGCAACAGCAGCAGCAGCAGCAGCAUAUGCAGCCGGGCGCGUUGACGUGCCUGAUACAUGAGAAGGACAUAACGUUGGGCCUGAAGCUGGGCGAUGGCUCCUUUGGCGUGGUGCGGCGCGGCGAGUGGAGCGCCUCGCCGGCGGGCCAGGUGCUGCAGGUGGCCGUCAAGGUGCUCAAGUCGGACAAUCUGACACAGCCGGGCAUCAUCGAUGACUUCUUUCGCGAGGUGCAGGCCAUGCACGCCUUGGAUCACUCGAAUCUGGUGCGUUUGUAUGGCGUGGUGCUAUCCCAGCCCAUGAUGAUGAUCACGGAGCUGGCGGAGCGCGGCUCGCUGCUGGACACGCUGCGCAAGCAAUGCCGCCACACAUCGCUGACCCACAUCUGGAACUGGUCCGUGCAGAUUGUCACUGGCAUGGCCUAUCUGGAGCAGAAGCGCUUUCUGCAUCGCGAUCUCGCCUGUCGCAAUGUGCUCUUGGCCGCCGGCAACAAGAUCAAGAUUGGUGACUUUGGUCUGAUGCGUGCGCUGCCCCAGGAGGACGACUGCUAUGUCAUGUCCGAGCACAAGAAGGUGCCGUUUCCGUGGUGUGCGCCCGAGUCGUUACCCGAGUCGUUACGUUUCCGUCAGUUCUCGCACGCCUCGGACACCUGGAUGUUUGGCGUUACGCUCUGGGAGAUGUUCAGCUUUGGCGAGGAUCCGUGGGUGGGCCUCAAUGGCUCCCAGAUAUUGCGCAAAAUCGAUCGCGAGGGCGAGCGACUGCAUCAGCCGGACGCGUGCCCGCCAGAUGUGUAUGCCAUGAUGCUGCAGUGCUGGGACAAGACGCCCGCCGAACGACCCACGUUUGCGGCACUCAAGGAGUAUCUGGCCAGCAUGUCGCCGCCGGUGAUGCGCGCCACGCGCAGCUAUCAUGACGCCAAGGGCCUGCAGCUGGAGCCGGGCGACAUCAUCGCUAUCAUCGAUGGCCGCACGGAGCUGAAGCUGAUCAAGGGCCAAAACCAGCGCACCUACGACAUUGGCGUCUUUCCGCGUGCGCUGCUGGAGCAGCGACGUCUCGGCGAUGUCCAACUGCGAGGCAAUGCGGCGCCUGGCUCGCCCUUUGGCUUCUGCUGGGGCGCUGCUGGCGCUGCGCAGGCCAACGGCGAAGAGCGACAGCGCAAGUGCGCCUCACUGACGCCACAGGCCGCACAGUCGCCGCAGGGUCAUGCCAAGGAGCGCAAGUCCAUAUCCAGCAAGCAGUUCUCCUACAACAAGCUCGUCAACGAUUGCGGCGGCCUGCAGCGACGCAAUGCGGUCAAGCAGAAGAUCUCAGCAAGAGGUCCGAACCGACCACCGCCGCCGCACCAACAGCAGCAGCAGCAGCAGCAGCAGGAGGGCAUACUGAUCGACAUUUCGCCGGAGAUGCGACCGACGGCAGCUCUGGCCGCUGGCGACAGCGCCUCGCUGCAGCUGGACAACUCAUUUUGCCUGCUGGAUGCGCCCAUUGAUGUGCCCACAUUUGCUGAGGCUGCCGCUGGCACAGCCUAUUCCUCGGGCCCAAACACGCCCACAUACUUCAACGAGCAGCCGCAGUUUGAUUUUGAGUCGACGACAGGCGCCUCGCCGGGACGCCUGCAGCCGCCGCCCUAUCAAAUGCCGCCCACCUACUCCAACACCAUGGAGUUUGCCCAGCAGCUGCAGAAGCGCGAGCAGCAGACGCCUGUGCGGGAUCCGUUCGAUACAAGUAGCCUGGAUGCCAGCGCCGGCGCCCUCAUGCUCUACUCGAAUGCGCCGGCUCCAGAGCCUGUUGUUGUUGCGCCCGUUUAUGGCAGUCCAGCUGCACGCAAGAGUCUCUUUGGCGCUGGCGCUGGCCUGGCCAACGGGCAUGCCAACAAGGAGAACAUACCCGCUUUGGAAUCGGCCGCCAUGCAGUACAACCUGAGCAAUCUUACGCUGGAGCGCCACGAGGUGACAACUGUGCAGCAGCAGCAGCAGUCGUCACAGCCAGCAUCGGAGAGCGUGCUGCUGGACAAAUCCUUUAUAGCUGAACUGGAGAAGGACAUGUAUUGCGGCAGCAACAAGGCGCAGGAGGAUUAUCAACGCAACUCGGCGCAGAUGUAUGCCAACAAGGAGAUUGUCUACAAACAGAAUCUUACGCCCCUCAAGAAUGCAACUGGCAGCGGCAAUCUCUCGAACCACUCCAGUCCCACAUCCAACGGCAGCCAGGCCUCGCCCACGCCCACGCCCAAACAGAAUAAUGUGGAGACCGCUGCAGCCGCAGUAGCAGGAGGAGCUGUCAGCACGCAGAGUGUCGUGAAUCGCAUUUGGUAUGAGCGUGUGGCAGCCACGUCCUCAGAGUACUAUGCCCAGCCGCCGCCAGAGUCGGCGGAGCAACUGUAUCAAAAUCAGUCGCAGCAGCCGGAAACGCAUCACUCGUUUGUGGCCAUAUCCAAUCGCGUGGUGGCGCCCAAGAGCAGCGUCUACGCUUCCAAUGCCUCGCUGUACGGCAGCGUGGCGGCCACCGGCGGCGAACGCUAUGAUCAGGUGGCCGCCAGCAUGGCCGGUUCCGCCUACUAUGGUCAGGUGCCCAAUGGCAGCGGUACGGCCAUAUACGAUGAGGUCACCCUCGACGAUUAUCUGCGCCCGCAUCGGCCGGCACCGUUGGCCCCGCCGCCACUUUCGGCACAACAAAUCCAGCGGCGUCUGGACAAGAUGCGUCAGCAGCAACAGCAACAGCUCGAGGGCGCCCAUCAGCUGUAUGCACCGGUGCCGGCGGAGGCGCAGCGCGAGCAGGAGAAACUGCAGCAGCUGAUGCUGGAGCUGGGCAGCGCCGCGGUGGAGCAGGAUGUGCGCAAUGCACUGCGCGCCGCCAGCGGCGAUGUGCAGCUGGCUCAGCGCCACUACAAAAUCGAUCAGCUGACCCGGCUGGGCGUUGCCGGCAGAUCGCAGUGCGAGCAGGCGCUGCAUCAGACCGGCUGGAGCUUGGAAAUGGCCGCAGAGCUGCUGCUGCAGACGGCGGCGGGUUAAAUGCAGCCAAUUGGCACAAUUCUUUAGUUUAGCCAGAUAUUUGGAUUAGUUUUGUAAUCGGGCCGUUGCUGCCAGCCGCCGUGUUUUUAGUUUUUAGCCCGAUCUAAUUUUAUUGCCCAAACGAAAAAGUCUCGAAUCUAUGCGAAAUACUCGACUAGAAUGCAUGAAUUUCAGAACAGAAACAAAAGUCCAAUGACUGUACUAUGUAUUAGCACACAAGCAUAUUAUUUUAUGUUUAAGCUUAAGCAACGAUUUGAAAUGAACUUUUUGUAAUUGUUG